CACACAACACACGAACAUUCUCUCCACCAAAAUAGGUCCAGAUUGUUUGAAUAUUCACAGAGACGUGGGAUUCCUUCAACUCAGCCCUGACAUCUUUCACCUCCGUAAUAAUUCAUCAGGCUCAUUUAUCUUCCCGAGGAGUCCAAUGGCAUUGUUCCACAUUUUCGCAAAACUCCCUUGACAUUUCCUGAGGAUGUCCAGACGCCUCAGUGUGAACAACCAACCCCAGCUCCACACAGUCCAUCCUGAGGCCCAGAGAGGGGGACGCGCCCGGAAUGACCCUCUAGAACCUGUAAGAGAAUGAAGAAGACAGCAGGUCAGAAAGAAAGGUCAAUGAGUUAGAGCAUCCACGGGACCUGGAAAGUUCCUCGUCACCCACCUCUGCUUCCCAUGGCCCUCUGGGGUGCUCAGGGCGGGCUGUCUCCAUGCCACAUGCUAACCGUGAAGGUCAUCCGGAUGAAAAAUGUCCGACAGGCUGAUAGGGUGAGCCAGACAGACUGCUUUGUGAGCCUCUGGCUGCCCACUGCUUCUCGUGAGAGGUUGAGGACUAGGACCAUCUCCAACUGCCCAAACCCAGAGUGGAAUGAAACCUUCAGCUUCCAGAUCCAGAGCCAAGUGAAGAACGUGCUAGAGCUGAGCGUCUGUGAUGAAGACACACUGACACCAGAUGACCAUCUCUUGACAAUCCUCUACGACCUCACCAAACUCUGCUUCCGAAAGAAAACCCACGUGAAGUUCCCACUCAACCCAGAGGGCAUGGAAGAGCUGGAAGUCGAGUUCCUGCUGGAGGAGAGUUCCUCUCCACCGGAGAUCCUCAUCACCAACGGCGUGCUGGUGUCUCGGCAAGUCUCCCGCCUGGAGGUUCAUGCAGAGUGUAGGAGGCAGAAGAAGAGGAGGAAAAUGAAGGACCUCCUGGUGACAGUGAAGGAGUCCUUCGAGCACACCCAACGUGUCCCAUGCCGCCAGGAGCCCUGCUGCCCAAACCCGGCCUGCUUCCACUACCCCAAGUAUUUCCAGCCCUGUAUGCAUGUGGACGUGCCCACGAGCCAGUGGAGCCAUGGGCUUUGCUGCUGCUGUGCGCAUAGCAAGAACAGCCCUGUCCGCCAGCCCCUUGACUGCCUCUCUGAUGGCCAGACGGUGACCCUACCCGUGGGCGAGGACUGUGAAUUACACAUGAAGUCUACACCCUGCCCUCAGACGCUGGACGUGCGGCUGGGCUUCAGCCUGUGCCCCGAGGAGCAGGAGUUCCUGGAGAAGCGGAGAGUCGUGGUGGCCGAGGCGCUGCAACAGGUUUUGCAGCUGGAGGAGGACCUGUCUGCGGACGAGGUACCGCUGAUCGCCAUCAUGGCCACUGGGGGUGGGACAAGAUCCAUGACCGCCAUGUAUGGCCACCUGCUGGGGCUGCAGAAGCUGAACAUCCUGAACUGUGCCAGCUACAUCACUGGCCUGUCUGGGGCCACCUGGACCAUGGCUACCUUAUACCGUGACCCUGACUGGUCCUCCAAAAACCUGGAGCCUGCCAUAUUGGAGGCACGGAGGCAUGUGGUCAAGGACAAGAUGCCUGCCCUGUUCCCAGACCAGCUGGCCAAAUUCCAGGAAGAGCUUCGGCUGCGUAGUCAGGAAGGCUACAAGGUCACCUUUACAGAUUUCUGGGGCCUGCUGAUCGAGGCCUGUCUGGGGGAUGAGAGAAAUGAAUCCAAACUGUCAGAUCAGCGUGCUGCUUUGUGCCAGGGCCAGAACCCCCUGCCCAUCUACCUCACCAUCAAUGUCAAGGAUGAUGUAAGCAACCAGGAUUUCAGAGAGUGGUGCGAAUUCUCCCCUUAUGAGGUAGGCCUGCAGAAGUACGGGGCCUUCAUCCCCACCGAGCUCUUCGGCUCUGAGUUCUUCAUGGGGCGGCUGAUGAAGAGGCUCCCAGAGUCGCGGAUGUGCUACAUGCUAGGCUUGUGGAGCAGUAUCUUCUCCCUAAACUUGCUCGAUGCCUGGAAUCUGUCCCAAAGCUCGGAGGAGUUCUUCCACAGGUGGACGAGGGAGAAAGUUAACGACAUCGAAGAUGAGCCACUCCUGCCUGAAAUCCCCAAAUGUGAUGCGACUGUCCUGGACACCUCGGUGGUGAUCCCGGGGUCAUGGCUGUCCAACACUUUCCGCAGCAUCCUCACCCACCGGGCCUUCGUGUCUCAGUUCCACAACUUCCUGCGGGGGUUACAGCUGCACACCGACUACCUCCAGAACAACCAGUUCUCCAUGUGGAAAGACACAGUGCUGGAUGGCUUCCCGAACCAGCUGACAGAGUCUGUGAACCACCUGUGCCUGUUGGACACCGCCUUCUUCGUCAACUCCAGCUACCCGCCCCUCCUGAGGCCUGAGAGAAAAGUGGACCUCAUCAUCCAUCUCAAUUACUGUGCUGGGUCCCAGACAAAGCCCAUGAAGCAAACCUGUGAGUAUUGCUCGGUGCAAAACAUCCCCUUCCCCAAAUACGAGCUGCGAGAGGACGAGGAAAACCUCAAGGAGUGCUACUUGAUGGAGAAUUCCCAGGAGCCUGAUGCCCCCAUCGUGCUUUUCUUCCCACUUAUCAAUGACACCUUCCAGAAGUACAAGGCCCCAGGUGUGGAGCGAAGCCCCGAGGAGCUGGAGCAGGGCCACGUGGACAUUUAUGGCCCCAAAACCCCAUAUGCUACCAAGGAACUCACAUACACAGAGGCCGCCUUUGACAAGCUGGUGAAGCUCUCUGAGUACAACAUCCUGAAUAACAAAGACAAGCUUCUUCAGGCCUUGAGGCUGGCGGUGGAGAAGAAGAAACGCCUGAAGAGCCAAUGUCCCUCCUAAGUUGCAGCGAGCCUCACCGAUCCUAUGUCUGCUUCUAGGGUCAGAGGCGCCGAGCCCAUGGGGGCUGACCGGCUUGCACUGCCGGCUCUGCUAUCUGGCGAGGGGUGUAGGCAGGCUGACCUGGGCUUUCUAUCAAAAAAAUAAAUAUUUAAACAAGUUGAGGGAGAUAGAGAGAGAAGGAGACAAAGGAAUACAACGUAGGCAAGUGUUGGGAUUUUAGACCUGCAGGAAUUUUUUUUUUUAAACCUGUCCCUGCAAGGAAGGGGGUCCCAUAGCCACAGGGUCCCACACAUCCCCAAAGUGUGGAGAAUAAAAUCGUGGCCUGUGGAAAAGACUGGUUCCCCCAGAGACCUCAGCCUGCGAGCUGGAGCUCAAAGCCUCCUCCACUCAACUCCUCCCAGACUCCUGGCAUAGAGGGCCUCCAGGAAUAAAUAAGGGGAGGAACCUGAGGAGUAUGGCGGGCUCUCUGGAAAAAUGCCUUUUUAAAUUAAAGGCAAUCAUGAUUUUUAUAGGCUAUUACAUUUUGUGGUUUUCAUUGUUUAGAAUCAGGGUGUUCAUAGAUAGUGUGAAGCCAGAGCAUCUAGACCGAGCACUGGUCUCUUCAACAACAAAGCCAGACUAGGUAGGUGACAGGUCUCAGUGGCCCCUCUCUAGCCGCUCUGAGCCCCAGGACCGGUGAUCCCUGGGAUCUCAACCAGGCAGCUUCAUCUGAGCACCCAUGAAAAUGCCAGGCAAAGCCCGAGUUUGCAGCUCAGGCUCACCAAACAAGGAUCGGGGGGUGCAGCUCAGGGACGUCUGAGCAGGUAAAUGGAGUCAGGCUUCAGGCUAGCGCUCGCCGACCAGCCUGCUCCAGGAGCACUUCUCCAUUCCCUUCUCACCUUCCUCUCCUAUUUUCAGGUGGGAUUAUUUAUUUCUAAAUGGGACUCCUCUUAUCUAUCAUGUAAAAAACGCUGUGGCCAGUAUACCCGAAGCUCUCAGAGAGUCAGGAGUCACGAGUCACGGAGAGAACAAACAAGGAAACCCUUCAGGGAGUAGGUUAGCCCUGAGGAAGACACAGAGAAGCCCAGCAAAGUGUCCAGGCCUCCCAUCAGGCUAGGAACAUGACUAAAGAAAUAGGUCACCUGAGUCAUAGAGAAGCCCAGGCCGAUGGAAGGUGUGACCAGAAAGGCAUGUGGUCCCCACGAGGCCCAGCAAACCUGGAAGACUUGGCCCUCUUUCCUGGCCUCUAGGAGAUGAUGAGUAGUGAUAGGUAAUGAAAGUUCAGAAAAAUCGACUUUCAAAAUCCAUCCUUGCUACUCAAAGUGUAAUGGGGACUCAUCAGAAAUGCAAAAGUUCAGGCUCCACCCCAGGUCUGCUGAAUCAGAAUCUGCAUUUUCAGGAGAUUCCCACCUCCCCUCUGCACCCCGUGGUGGAGCAUGGAGCAUCUCAUGCUCCAUUCCCAUAAGACUACACAUAUUAAAUUUGAAUGGUGUAGAUUUAUGCCACACUCUCCUAUAAGCUUGGAAAGCAGGAAUCCAUGAGUGCCCCUAAGCCACUGGUAAACAGGGCUCCUGGACCUGCGAAACUGGUCCCCGCCCAGAUAAUGCGGACCUGAGACACCGCCCAUGCCCUCCGAGGGAGCAGCCAACAGCCUCGACCUUCACAUCUUUUCUCUCUAUCUGCAACAAACAGGCUCUCCUUAAAUUAGAGUGAGCCACGCUGUAAGACCUGUUUGCUGGCCGGUGAAGACAGCCCUGCCUUGGAUUCAUCAAAGUGCGUACAAUGAGGCUUGUAAAACCAUUGUAUUAUUUGAUCACAGAAUAAAAUGGCCCUGUGGGUAAA